AUGCCAGUAGAAUUCGCGCGCGCCUCAGGUGCAAUCUUGCUCAUGGCGAGCAGGCCCGUUCGCCGGACAGUUCCGGAGGGUCCUCCUUUCUCGCAGCCUGUGAAUAGCAGGGCUUCCCAGGGCGCUGCGGGAGGGUUGCGGUGCUCCCCUGGGAACUCGGGCGCGCUGGAGGAGCAGCGUCGGGCAGAGGUGGCCCGUCGAUGCUGCGGCGUGGGCAAGACGUCGGGGACGCGGGAAAAGCCAGCAAGGGCGGGCAAGCACGCGAUCCCCAUCCUCCCCACCCCCUCCGGCCCCCUUGCAGGAUUGGUCCAUCAUCAUUCGGUUAUCGCGGCCACGCCCGGCGCACCUUUGCAGGAGGAGCCCACAAGCAGCCUUGUUGGCACGGACGCCCCUGCAGCGACCAGGACGUUUCAACCAGUAUUGUAA